AUGCAUGCUUCCUCCAGCCUCCUGUUGAAACGCAAUAAAUUCCUGUACCACUUUAAGAAUCUUCGCUGGGCGCGGGGCCGACAUGAGACCUAUUUGUGUUAUAUUGUCAAACGGCGCUACAGCUCGGUCUCCUGUGCAAUGGAUUUUGGAUAUGUUCGCAAUCGCCAUGGCUGUCAUGCCGAGAUGUUGUUCCUGCGGUACCUGUCAGACUGGGUGGGGCAGGACCCAUACCGCGCAUUUCGAGUCACCUGGUUUACGUCAUGGAGUCCAUGCUGGGACUGCUCUAAACGCACUGCAGAGUUCCUCCUGGACCACCCCAAUCUCAGCUUGCGCAUCUUCUCAGCACGCCUAUACUUCUGUGAAGAGCGCAAUGCAGAGCCAGAUGGGCUGCGGAAACUGCAGAAAGCAGGAGUGCGGCUGGCGGUGAUGAGCUACAAAGGUAAGAGAUUCAUUCAAGCUUUUGCUGAUUUUGUGGCAUCCCUCAUCCCUCAUUUCACCCCUCAGCUCAAAUUAUAGGGAUGCUCCAGACCUCGGCUAAGAUAGAGGUAGGCAACCUUUGGCAUUCCAGAUCUUGCGGACUAAAUCUCCCCUUUAUUGCUCUUACAGCCCAAAUGCUGACAAAGAGGUAGAUUUCAUUAUUUGCUCUCUACAGCAAUACACUAAGCGGAUGAUACCAUUUAUGGCCAUACAUUGUAGAUAAGAAGUUGUCUUGUCUAGCAUUUGAAAUGGCUCAUACACUGAUGGAGCUUGACUCGAGGAAAAUGUGAGUCUUAUCACAUUUAGCUAAAUAAUAUGUCUUUCUUGUACUGAGUGUACUUAUUGACAGGGGACAUUCCACUUUACCAAUGUUCACCCAUUCCCCUGACUACUCUGAGAAACUACAUUUAAAAAAAAAAAAUUUUACUACACAAGUUGAUACAGAACAUAAAAUUCAGUAACAAAUGUUCACUAAGCAAAUAUAUAACCUGUUAAAAAAUCUUUAAAAAAAAAAUAUUUUCUCACCAUACCAUCCAUGUCUUAUUUUCUUCAGAACUUUACAGAAAGAGGUAUCUUCUCCUCUGCAAAUCUCAUUCCCUGUCUGCAUAACCAGAUGAGUACUUUGUCUCUUUUAGAUUAUUUUUAUUGUUGGAACACAUUCGUGGAAUCACGUGAAAGGAAAUUUGAGGCUUGGGAUGGGUUACAUGAGAAUUCAGUGAGAUUGGCUCGAAAACUCAGACGUAUUUUACAGGUGAGUUCUACAGAAGCAAAAAAAAGCCAAACAUCCAUGGAUAUUUAUAUGUUUAUUUUAAUUAAUGAUCAUCCUUCUAUGACUCCAUUAUCCCUCUCUCAGUAGUGAGGAACUCAUAUGUCCUCCUUUAGAACUUAUGCUCUUCAACAGUUGAAAGCAGGGUAGUAGGAUAGUAACCUCAAAUGUAAAAUCCAAUAGAUUAAUUUAGAAAACAAAAAUUGAUCUUAAUCCCCAAGUCAUCUUGAUCUUAAACCCCACUGCCACCAUGGGCCACUCAAUCCACAAUGUUGACAUCAGAUGUAGAUAGAUUUGUGAACAAUAUUCGAGAGAAAUAGGCCUUUUGUGUGCAUAGAAAAAGUCUUAGAUCUUUGAGUUCAGCUCAUGAAAAAUGGGGGCAAAAACUAUUUUUUUGUGUUUAGAAUUUUCUUUAGUGUAGUAAGAAUGCUGCACAUACAGAGAUAUAUCCAUUUUCGUGACCGGGCUAGUUACACCCCCAGCACACGUGACUUUGGCAGGCCAGAACUUUGUUCUGGGCUACCAAAAGUAAAUUUUGUGAAUAUUUUACAUCUGUCAUCAGCACACACAGCACACUGGCAACAGACGUAAAGAGAUUCUCCAAUUACAUUACAUUAAUAGCUGGGGGGGGGGGUUUAAUGAAAAUCCCUCCCCUCGUCAGCUCAGAGUGAGCAUGCAGUCUGAGCCAGCGAAAUGGUCCAAUCCCAGACUUUUCUAUCAGAAAGUCCUGUGAUUGGGUCGCUCAAGGACUGCAGUGACAUCAAAUGGAGGAUGGAGAACAGGGGCCGGUUCUGAAUUACAGGUAAGUAAAAAAGUAUUUUCACAGUUUAAGGGGGGUGGGUGACCUAUGCCCAAUAAGGCAUUAUAAAGAAAAACCCUUAUUCGUUAAAAGGAUUGGAGUAACCCAGUGUCUAAAUUGUUAGCAUUGAAGCAGAAACUAUAUUUUUCAGUUUUCCAAAAUCUCUACUAGAAUGUGCAAAUAAUGACCUCAAUAUAUUAUUUUUGGAUACUCUGAUAAAAUUAUUUAAUAUUUUGAAAUAUAGUUAUAUAUUUUGAUAUUUUUUGUAAUAUUGAUAUAUUUUUAUAUACACGAUAUAUUGAUAUUUUUAAAGGGACACUUCACUGCCCAAAUGCAAAACAAAUAAAAACCACUGUUUAGUAGAUAUGCCUCCAAUGAAAAAUGCAAGCCUUUAAUUGUGGAUUUUUUCAUUAGGGAUAUAUCUAAAAACAGUAUUUGCGAAAGUUGCAGAUCCCUUGUCUGCAGCCUUUUCAAACUCUUCCCUUUCUAACCCCGCCCAGACUUUCUGUGUCUGUCCAAUCACAGACUUCCCAAUGCAGCUCGAUGAGAAGUCUUUGCAAGGCAGGUGGUCUGAGCAAUUGCUACAUUCUGAGUUUAGCGCCACUGAGCUAACAUCCUGCACGUAUAUACCCUCAGUAGGAAGAAGGAAGGGGUAAAAUUCUAUAUUCAAUUUAGGGUCAUAAGUACAGUUUUACAUUCAGAGAAAUGAACUUGGCUAUAACUUCAAAAGAAGCAAAUUCCCAGAUGUUGUAGGAUUUACAUUUCAAGCUAUAAUUGUUUCCUAAAUCCAUUCUUUUUAGCUGAGCUCCAUUUACAUUCGUCAGCUCUGAUCUUGCUUAAUUCAAUCUUUUAUGUUCACAUUUGCCAGUAAAUAUUGCGAAAUGCUGAUUUAACCCCUUAAGGACACAUGAUAUGUGUGACAUGUCAUGAUUCCCUUUUAUUCCAGAAGUUUGGUCCUUAAGGGGUUAAUCUCGACUAAUCUAAUUUUAAAAAAAAUCUUAAAAUUAAGCCAUCUAGAGUUUAGCUUUCCUUAUUUCAUAGUUUAUUAACUCCAACAUUCACCAUCCCCUGUUCUCUUCACUAUCAAAUUCAGUAGAUGUCUUUUACAUUUGCGUUGUUGUCUCACAAUCUACACUUUUUGAUAAUUCUCUCUGUCUUUCUUUCUCUUUUGUAUUUUUACAGUUUUCCUUCUUUCUAGUUUUUCUUCAUUUCUUUUGAACACUUUUUGUUCUCUCUUAUCUCUCCUUUUCUAUUUUCACAUUUUUAAUAAUUUUUUGGUUUUCACUCUCUAUCUAUUCUUUCUGUUUCAGACUUCCUUCUCUAUUUUUUUCCCUUCUAAUUUUCUUUCUUCAUUGUUUUAUUUGCAAGUGUUCUCUCUCCAUUAAUUAUUCCUAUCUUUUUUUUUUUAAUUACUCUUUAUUAGAAAAUUUUAUUUUUAAGUUACAUAGCAGUUCAAAAAGUACAUACAUACAAUCAUACAAAAUACAUCCGAUUGAUAUAGAUAAAUCUUAUUAUAUAAAAAGAAUACUUUCAUUAAAAUAUGACAAUCAAUCAGGAAAAAAAAUAAAAUAAAAUAAAAUACAUAACAAGAAUCAGGAAGUCGUUAAUAUAAAGUAAACAAAAAUCUAUAGCAAAAUACUGAGAGGUAUAUCAAUGAAAAUAAGCGCCAAAUUAGAUACAUGUUAUCAAUAAUGUAAAUUCAGCUACCCAAAUAGAAUUACAUCAUCCAUAAGCACGUCACCUAAAAAAUUUAUAAAUUACCAUAAAGUAGAGAGCAGUUUUUUAACCAAGUUGAAUACCAGUCUCUUUUUUUAGAGACCGCUGAACAAUUUUUAACCAUAUCAUUUUCCAUUGUUAGUUGGAAUUUAAUUUGAUUAAUUAAGGAGAUUUUUUGAAAAGGAACAGAAGAUUUCCACUGUCUAUCUAUAAUAAUUUUAGCUGCAAUAAAGCAGUGGAUAGCUAAACAAAUAUGUUUAUUAGAUUUAAAAGGCCAAUUCAGGUGGAGGAGGGCCGAAGCUGGAUUUCUGUUUAUCUCUUUAAAAGAUACCUCAUUCAAAGAUAUUUCGGAGAAGAUAUUAUAGGCCCAGUCCCAGAGUUGUUUUACUACUGGGCAAAACCACCAUUUAUGGAUAUAUGUACCCGAGUAGGUACCACAUCUCCAGCAAGUAGGGUCUUGAGAAGUAUACAUUUUAGCUAGUCUUGUCGGAGUAUAGUACCAUCUGUGAAGUAACUUAAAAUGGCACUCAGUCAAGUUUAGACCAUGGACUGAUUUAUUUACUAGAAUUAUAGAGGAAGACCAUUCCUUUGGAGAAAUCACUAAGUUAAGUUCGUUUUCCCAUGUUUUAACCAAUUUAUGGGGAAAGGUAUCAAAACCUUUAAAGAGCAAAUUAGCUACCAAAAUAAUCUUGGGUACAGUUUGAAAUGAAAAUAGAGUUUGCAAUUCUUUAGCCCGAGGAAAAAAAGAUUGGAUAACAUGUUUCUGGAUAUAGUGUUUGAUACGAACGUAUGUAAAUAUUUCUUUAGAUGGUAUAUGGAGAUUAUUCACAAUCUGUUGAAAUGGUAGAAUAUUAUCUCCCUGCAUAAUGUCCGAUAAGGUUAAUGUAUCUUUGUUGGGCCAAUGUCUCAGUGAUAAAUCCUCUACAUUAUUUUCUAAUAUAUUUAAUUUACAUGUUCUAGGAAUUAAAUAACUUAAGCCCAAAAUUUUCCUAAUUUCGACCCAUAUUUCCAAAGAGUGAGCCAAUGAUAUUAAACAAUUAGGCAAAUCCCUUAAGAGCUUCCCAGGAUCUGACCAUAUAUAAGAAUAGAGACUAGAUGCAUGUAAAGCUUCGGACUCCAGAAUAUACCAAGGUUCAGAAAAAAAAGAUGGUUCUUGUAAAAUAUAAAUAUGUCGUAUAGUAUUGGCAUAGUAAAGAUUAGUAAUACUUGGAAAAUUUAGCCCUCCAUGGGACAAUUUUUUGGAAAUAUAUUUUUGACUUAUUCUAGGCUUUUUAUUUUUCCAGAUAAAUUUAUUAAUGGUGGAUUGUAUCAUAAAUAGCCACACCUUAGGGAUUUUAAGAGGAACCAUUGAAAACAAAUACGACCAUUUUGGUAAAAUAUAAGAAUUUAUAAUAUUAAUCCUACCUGUCCAUAAUGUUUCUAAGUUUUUCCAUUUUUUUAGGUUUUGAUUCAUAUUUUUCAUUAACUGCAUAACAUUCCUCUCCAUUAUAUGGGAGGUGUUAGCAGGGAAACUAAGGCCCAAAUAAUUAAUUUCUGAAUCAGUCCAAAUAAACUGAUAUUUUUGAGAUAGCCUUUCAACCUGAGUCAAAGAUAGAUUGAUAGUUAAAGCAGUAGAUUUUGAAACAUUUAACUUGAAGUUGGAGAUAUUAGAAAAAUUAACAAUUUCUUCCAUUAGUGCUACCAAUGAAUCUUCUGGAGAUGUAAGGGUAACCAAAGCAUCAUCGGCAUAUAAUGCAAUUUUAAUGUCUUGAAGUUUCGUAAAGACCCCCUUUAUUAACUGAUUAUUUCUAAUAUUAACAGCAAGAGGUUCAAGAGAUAAAAUAUAGAGAAGCGGUGACAAGGGACAUCCCUGUCUUGUUCCAUUUUUAAGGUCAAACCAAGUCGAAGUAAUAUUGGGACCUACAGUUCUGGCCGAAGGAGCAAAAUAUAAUACCAUAAGCCAUAUGCCUUAAGAAGUUCUCUUAAAUAGCCCCACCCGACCCUGUCGAACGCUUUUUCUGCGUCCAAAGACAGGGCCAGGAGGGGCUCAUUAUGAACUUUAGCUAAACCAAUAAUAUCUAUGAGCUUUCGGGUGUUAUUUGAUGCCCAUCUUCCUGGGAUGAACCCUAUUUGGUCUGGAUGAAUAAGUUUAGUAAUAACAGUUUUCAAUCUCUCGGCAAUAAUAGCUGAGUAUAUUUUCAUAUCAACAUUAAUUAAUGCGAUCGGUCUAUAAUUUCUUGGGUCCGUACUAUCUUUGCCCGGUUUUAAAAUAGGGACAAUAUUUGAUUGUAAUAAUUCCUUUGGUAUGACCUCAUUUUCUGCUGCUUGAUUAAACAUUUCAGUAAGGGGUUUUAGAAGAUACGAUUUCAUAUAUUUAUAAUAUAGAUUUGUAAAGCCGUCAGGGCCGGGAGUUUUAUUUGUGGCUAAUCUAUCAAUUUGAAAUUGCACUUCUUCUGGAGAAAUUUUUUUAUUCAGAUUGGUCAGAUCCUGGGGAGAAAUUCUCGGGAUUUGGGUAUUCAAUAGAAAACUCUUAAUGUCCUUUAAUUCUGGGGACAAGCUUAGAUUGUACAAAUCUUGAUAGAACUGAUUAAACUUUUGUCCAAUCUCCGAUGGAGAGGAGUAUACAAUUUGAUCUACUACCAAUUUUUCUACUCUAUUUUUGGCAUAUUGAUUACGAAGCCUCCUGGUUAGACUUUUACUCGCUCUGUUGCCCGAAAUAUAGUGAUUUAAUUUUAGUUUAUUUAUAUUUAACUUGAUUUUUUCCUCUUCUUUUAGAUUAAUUUGAAUUUGUAGGUCUUUUAGAUGAGUUCUCAGCUCAAGAGAAGAUUGUAUUUUAUUCAUUUUAGAGUAUGAGUAGAAUUCAAUAUAUAAAUCAGGCAAUUUUGUACCAUUAUUUUUCUUAAGGAAGUGGUCUAUUUUAAUUAUAUAACCCCUCAUUACGGAUUUAUGAGAACACCAAUUUAUUAACGGAGAAGUGUCUCGUGGAUUAUUUUCUGCCCAAAAAUAUUCUAAUAAUUUGGUCAAAUCCUCCCUAUGCUUGGAGUAAUUAUUCCUAUCUUAUCUUAUUCUUCUAUGACAGCCUCCAUAUGACAUGGAAGAUGUCCGAGAGGCCUUUGAUCUCCUUGGACUCUGA